AUGAAUCAAGCCCCGGAAGGAUAUUUUGCUAUUAUAGGGAAUUACUAUGUUGGCAAAACAAUAGGGAGAGGCACUUUCGGAAAGGUCAAAAUGGGCCUUCAUACUUAUACAAUGGAGAAUGUGGCUAUCAAAAUUUUAGAUAAAGACAAAAUCGUAGAUGAAUCGGAUAAAAUUAGAGUUGCAAGAGAGAUUUAAAUUUUAAGAAAAAUUAGGCAUCCAAACAUAAUUUAGCUCUACGAAAUUAUUGAAUCGUAAACAUAGCUUUUUCUCAUAACUGAAUAUGCUCCAAACAAUGAACUCUUUGAUUUCAUUGUGAAAAGAAACAGAUUGAAUGAACGAUAAUCUGCAAGAUUUCUCUUGUAAAUUCUUAGUGCUGUUGAAUAUCUGCAUUAAAAUAACAUAGUUCAUAGAGAUCUCAAGCCUGAGAAUCUCCUACUUGACUGCAACAACAAUAUAAAAGUUGUUGAUUUUGGAUUAAGUAACAUGUAUGAAGAUGGCUAAACUUUAAAGACAGCUUGCGGAUCACCAUGUUAUGCUGCUCCAGAAAUGGUGAGUGGAAAAAGAUACGAAGGAUUAAAGACAGAUAUUUGGAGUUGUGGAAUUAUUUUAUAUGCAAUGCUUUGUGGUUAUCUUCCAUUUGAAGACUCAAAUACUACAGACUUAUAUAAAAAGAUUAUCAACGAUCCGGUUAAGUUGCCAAAAUUUUUAACUGAUAGAUCAAAGAGCAUUUUAAAUGGAAUACUAGAGAAAAAUCCUGAAAAGCGCUUAACGAUUGAGGCAAUUAGAAAACAUGAUUUUUGUAUAUUGAACAGCAAUCAACCAAUUUUAAAAGGAAUAAUUUUUGGGAAAGAUGAUAUCUUGGUAGAUCCUUUAAUUUUACAGAUUAUUAAAAAUUAAUACGGGAUUGAUAGUGAAUAGGCUAGAGUGAUGAUUCAAAAUAAUAAACACAAUUAAAUAACAGCUACUUAUUAUUUACUUUUAAAUAGUCAUAUUAGAAAUGGAGGAGUCAGCAUAGCUGAUCUAUCCAGACCUCCUCCAAAGAAGACUCUUUCAUUGAAUUAAGAAAAUAAUUAAAAAGAAACAAAUGAAUCUUCGAGUAAAAAGAUUUAAGAAUAAAAUACAAUUUUAAUGGAAAAUAAAGAUAAAAAUGGUUUAUAAUAAGAUAAAUAAUCUGUUAAUAUCAAUUAUUCAGAAAGGGUCAGUGCUAUGAAUAAAUAAGCUCCAAAUAAAUCUUCUACACCUAUAAAAAAAGGCGUAGAUAAUAAACCUCCUUUAUAAAAUUUUGAAUAAUAUGUAGCAUUGUAAUAAAGGAUAAAUAAGGAGAAAUAGAAAGAUUCUACUCCUGAGAGUAAAGGAAAGAAUGGUUCUUAUUUGAAUUCUCCAUUGAUUUAAAGUCCUGAAUAAAACUCAAAGAAUGCAGAUGCAAGAAUAUUAAAAGAAGACAAAUAGCCUUUUGUCGUAGUAAAAUCUCCUCUCAAAAAUAAAUAAAUAUCUUACGAUGAGAGCGAAAGUAGCAAUAAAUCUCCAAAUAUCUCUCCUAAUACAAACAAAAGCAAGUAUUAGGAUUUACAAAGUAGUCAAAAAGAAAAAUAGAGUGGAGAAAUUAAUUUUAUAAAAGGUUAUAGUUUAACUGAAUCAACAGUGAGAAAAUAAAAUUUCUUUUAAGAAGAAGAGCAAAUUAACAAUAUUUCUGCAACAAAAGAUAAAUAAAAUAUUCAAAACAUAGAUGUUGAAAAUUAAAUUAACAACUAGCAAGCUUAUACAUCAACUUUUGGCAGUGGCUUCAAAUUAAGCGAAAAAGGAAGUCCAAUAAGAAAAGUAAAGCUGAACAACAUUCAGCAGUAGUAGUUUUAGCAGUCUUUAUAAAAAGGUGAUACGAAUAUCCAAAAAUGUAUAAUUGAUAAAAAUGAAGAAAAUAUAAAAUUGGACAAAUAAAAAUCUUAAGAGAGUGAAAAUCUGCUUUCUGAAAAAAGUUUAUCUAAAAAUAACGAAAAAUCAGACGAUGAGCAAUUAGCUGAAAAAUCACCAAUCAAAGAAACAAAAAUGCAAAUAGAAGGUGAGAAUAAAAUAAGAAAUUAAAAUGUAGUUGCAACUGAAACAAAAUCAGCUUCACUAGAUAAAAAACAAAUCAAUAAAACAAAUAAUUAAAAUCAAUAAAAGGUAAAUGGUGUUAAUAAUUUAUACAAUAUUUAGAUCUCUAAAUUGCACUAUAACAAGGCAGGACAAAAAGCUAGAAAUGGUUAAGAGAGUACUUCAGAGAUAUCUGCUAAUAAAAGUGAUAACUAAGUUACUCUCUAAAACAACUCAGAUAUAUAUCAAAGGACUGAUGCAAAUAUAAAUGUUUAAAAUUAUAAAAUAUCCUCUGCUUCUCGGAGAGGUAAUUCUUCCAAAGAAGAGAGUGUAACAACCUAAUUGUAAUUGUAAAUAAUUUAAUAAUCUGAAAAUCCUUAGCAAAUAAAUUAGAUUUCAAACACAAAUUAAUCAAAAAUCAUAGUUAAAAUCCAUCAAAAAACGAAAAGUGAAACAGGCUUCUCGAGAAAAUUGAUGAAUAUAAAUGGCAUCAAUUAAAAAGAAAAUGUAAAUAACGAAUCUGAAGAGAUUUCCAACAUGAAAUCGCCUUAAUUAAAAUCUUCUGUAGCCGCUUCUUCUGCUCAUUCACAAGUAAAUAGCUAAAUUAAAAACACUAACGAAAAGAUUGCAAAUCUUAUUCGUUCUGCCAACUAAAAGGGAGGAAUUAAUGCAUUUUAAAAAGACGUGUCUGCUUAAAGCCAAUACAAAUAAUAUCUCCCUGUAUUUUUCAAUAAUCAACAAUAUUCUUCUUCGCUUAAUGCACCAAAUACUUCAAAUAGCAUCAUAAAUAAUACAAUCAACAGUAGCAAUAUCAACAAUAACACUAUCGAAACAGAAAAACAGCAACAGAACUAAUCCUCAAACAAUUAUUAUUCUAAGCAAACCUUAAAAACACCUUGUAUCACAGAACCAACUUACCAUGAAACAAAUUCUAUCAGAUAAAAACUAAAGAUAAUAAGCCAAAGAAACAGCACUUAAGGAACUUCUGCAUAAGCUUUCAAAGUAAGAAUAAGAAAGAGUGCUACUCCUGAAUUGAAUAACAUAAAUAGCAGUAUCAAUAACAACAGCAAUUAAUCAAAUAUUUAAAACACACUAUUUGUAAAUGGUUCACACAAUUUAGUAUCAUAGUAACAAAAAAGAAGCAAUAGCAACAACAAUAUUACUAACAAUUAAAACUCUGCAACAGGCAAUUCAAGCAAUCUCCAAACCUCUCCAGAAAAGAAAUUCAAAACAAAGUAGAUAUCUAGGUCAUCAAGAAGAUUUGUUUCAGCUGAAAGAGAAAAUAAUUAAAUGAUUCAAUAAAGUCUUGUUGAUGAUCCAACAAAAAAUAAAUUCUUCAGACAAGGUUCAAGUAGCAUAUAGAAAAACAUAUAAAACUAUUUAAAUAUAAUCGAAAAAAAUAGUGCAAGCAAUAUGAACAACAUUCAUAACACAGACAAAUAAAAUAUAAAUGUUGUGAUUAAAAAACCAGAAAAUAUUGAUAAUAAUGGCUAAAGUUUUCAAAGUGAAAUGAAAAAGUAAGAUUAAACCAAUAACUAAACACCUUCUAUAAACAAAGAGGUGAAGGAACCAAAAAUAAGAGUUAUAAGUGAGUCUCCAAUGUGUAAAAAAGACCAGCACUCAAAUGAGUCUAAAUACUAUUUAGGGUUAAAAUAACAAAUGAUUUAAAAGGAACCUUUAAUAUGCAAUUUUAGCAUAAAUAAUGAUUCAAAUAUAAAUCAUCAUUUAACGAAUAAUGAUGGUAUAAAUUCUACUAUUGAUGAUAUUGUGUAAUAAAAAAGUAAUUAAAAGCUUACUAGCUGGCCACAUUCUCAAAACUAUUACUUAAAUGCCCCAGUAACACAUUCAAACAACAAAUCUUAUCUAAAUAAUAUCAGCAACAGCAGCAGAAUUUCUUCUUAACUCAACGAACAAUAAUUAUAAUCACUCUAACCUCCAACGAUGGAAAAUAGCAGAAGUGAACACUUGAAAUUCAAAGCUGUGACAAAUUCUCUGAUAAGCAAUUCUUACUCUCUUGUGAAUGUUUAAAAAUAUAAAGUCAGAAAAAGUAAAAUAAAUUCUGGAUUGCAUAACAUAAGCAACAGUAUCAUGUCUGUAAAUAAUGCAAUUAGUAACCAUACUAAAGAUAAAAUAUGA